AUGUCAGCGCUAGGAUUUGAAGAAAUCUUCACAAAAAUGAAGAUAACUCUGGGGCUGGUGGUUGCUUCCAUUCUUUGCCUUCUCACGCAUUGGCUCGAUCAAUCACAUGCUCAAUAUAUUCAAGACUACCAGGUGCUGAAUCCUGGCGGGGUGCCAACAGUAUACUGGCGGCGUACGACGAACAAUGCCCUCACUGAAGUCAUAGUACCUGCUUCUCCGAUCGCCAUUGAGUACAAUUGUCAUUACAUGCCAGCAACCUGUCAAAACGCACUGGUUUGGAUUAACCGUCCUAUAAAUCCUCCCCAGGGCACACUAGGUCGUUCGCGUAGAUUAGCUAUGUGGGCUGGUUCGCCCAAUGUCUUUGCAUACGACCUCAAGACCGCUGCCAAGGAGCAUAGGGGGGAUAGAAUGUGCAGUAGUAGAUGGAAAGACACACAUUCCUGUCCAGAGAUGAGCGUAGCUAUUCCACCUCUCCUGUCUGUCGUCAUCCAACCACCAAUUAUGCCGGACAACUGGAUGCCAAAUACGAGGGAAACCCUGGAUCCUAUUCAAGUGAACGAGAUCGCAGCACAAACGAAGCCCGAUCCUAAUUUCCCCACUGAUCCGUCUAAAAAUAUCACUGUCCGGAGAAGUGGCCGUUAUUACACUUGCGAGGAGUUCCCCCCUAGAAGUUGGGUUGAAGGUGGUGUAGGCACACCAGGCCAGAAUGUGUCUCCUGAACUCGACGGAUUUAGAGGCGAAACAAUCUGCGCUCCUAUGAUGAUGAAUUUGCAAUGCAAUGGUGGUGCUGACGACGAAGGGGUCUGGUCUGAACAAAAUUGGCAGGGAGGACUUCAUACUCAACUUCAGCUGUGGAUCAAGAGAGCCGCUAGGGCUCGCCUUGGUGUUGAUCCUGACCCGGAAAUUCAUGUUGUUGUUUUCAACUUGCUUCUCGUCAAUAACGGGCCAAAUGGGGUUCCCGGCUCAGUACGUUACCAUGCACCAGUACCAGAAUCAUGGGACGUCGGAUUGGACCGUCCACUUCCUGAUAAAAGGGACGAUGGACCUCCCAUAGGCAAGAUCAGGCCCUCCGGAGUCGAGAUGUUGAAGUACUUUGGCAGCUUGAGAUCUGAAGAUUAUCUAGAAUCCGUCAAUAUUCCACUUUACAAGAAUCAGACCAUAUCAGAUUUAGCAGAUGAUGACACUAACCAUACGCCACUAGAAGACGAACCUAGCUCUUUGAGUUCAUCAGGUUUCAACAUGGUAGCGAAUUCGACUUCGGACUCCGAUAGUAGCUCGACAACUUCAGACCUGCCGACAGCUACUUUGGACUACACUCUCGCUGACGCAGUCAACUCUACUGCCCAAGGGGUAACAGUCACUCAGCAACAGCCAGGACUUGGCCAUCCUGACAUCCUCCAAUUGGGAACAGAGUAUAUUCUCGGGCAACUUGGGACUGUUUCCAAUGAUACUGCGUCGAACUCUUCUCUUUCGCUACUAGGCAGAAAUACAACUACGACGGCUCAACCGCUUCCGAGGUAUUUGAACAAAGACCAACUGAGAGAACGAACACAGAUGACUCCAUUUUCCUCUCUGAAUAAAAGGGUAGAUGGUCCAAUUCAGUGUUCAGCAACGCAGGAGUGUUUAGACGGCAGCUGCUGUAGCGCCGAUGGAAAAUGCGGUUUCAAAGAAGUACAUUGCGGUACGGGCUGCCAAUCGCACUGCGAGGCCAAAGCUAUGUGCGGCAUUGACUCGGCCGAUGGUAAGACAUCGUGCGGGCUCAAGCUGUGUUGCUCUUAUUAUGGAUGGUGUGGGACGGAGAGCGUCCAUUGCUUGGACCCAGAACCACUGGUCGGAAAGCAAGGGUUUGGGGGUUGCAAAAUCAUACCACCCCCUAGCUGUGAUAAGAGAUCUGGCUCAUCUCGCGGCAGGCGUAUAGCUUACUGGCAAGGCUGGAAUGUUCGUGAGAGGACUUGCGAUACUGUCACUCCAAAUCAGAUCAACACCCGUGGCCUUACUCAUCUGUUCUAUGCGUUUAUUAGUUUCGAUCCCGCCACUUUCCAAAUCGCCCCAAGAAAUACAUUGGAUAUUCCUGUGUACGGCCAGUUCACUGCCUUAAAACGCAAUGGAUUGCAAACAUGGGUAGCAGUUGGAGGUUGGAGCUUCAACGAUCCAGGUACACCCACCGAAUUCGCAUACAGCAACAUGGUAUCGACUGCUGCGAAUAGGGCAGCAUUCAUCAAGUCUCUUAUUGCCUUUAUGGAACUCUACGGAUUUCAAGGAGCUGAUCUUGACUGGGAAUAUCCUGCUGAACCCAAGAGAGGUGGAAGGAGUGCUGACACUGAUAACCUUACACUGUUGAUGAAAGAAGCUCAUGCGGCAUUUGCGGGCAGGUUCGGGUUAAGUUUGACCAUCGCUCCGGACUAUUGGUAUCUUCGAGGUUUCAAGCCGGUGGAAAUAGAGCCAUAUGUCGACUUUAUGGGAUUCAUGGCUUAUGACUUACACGGACCUUGGGAUAGCGAUGUGAAGACACUUGGUCCUAAAGUCCGCCCACAAACGGACAUUACAGAGAUUGAGAGAGAUUUGUUACCAUUGUGGUUCGACGGCGUUGAUCCGAGGAAAGUAGUCAUGGGUAUUGCUUACUAUGGGCGAACCUAUAAGCUCACCGACUCGUCUUGUGGGUCUAUGGGAUGUCCCUUCUCGGGAACAGGAGCUCCAGGUCGCUGUACCAAAACCCCAGGAGUUCUGUCCAACAGAGAGAUUCGACAGAUGAUCCAGGAGAAUGGUUACAAACCGUAUACGAACACCACGGCCAUGGUGAAGUACUUCACCUACGGUGGCGACAAUUGGGUCGGUUACGAUGACGAGGAUACCUACGCGAUGAAAGAGCUUUAUGCCGACAGUCGAUGUUUAGGUGGUAUAAUGAUCUGGUCUAUCGACUUUGACGCUACUGUGGGAGGUGGGGGAGGACUCAAUAACUGCACAUCGCCUGAAAGUGCUACAGUCAUCCCAAUGGCUCAUACAACUGUCGCGCCUAAAGCCACUUUCACUGUGACCAACCCAAUCGCGACUGAUAUCAACCAGCUGCCACCCGGUACUAAGCAGAACGUAGGGCAAUGUCCAAGUCAGAACUGCUUGUCAUGCAGUUUCUUUCGCCUCAUCACUUCAACGUGUUGUGGCUUUGGAGGGAGCACGGGUAACCCUAUUGUCAUUCCUGCGAAUGUUCCUGUCCCAAUGGACAUUCCCCUACCUGCUGGCUUCGUGCCCAACCAGCCGUUUGUCAGUCCAGAUGGUAAGACGCACCCAGCUGGCGUACCACUGCCCACAGAAACUAUAUUACCUGGAGGAACUAUUUUCACUGCUCCGUUUGUUAUUCCGCCUGGCCAACCUCUAAGAAACGGAGAAAGUGACGACAAAAAUGGCAAUGGUACUCUCGUAUGGGUUGAUCCCUCGAUAUGGAAGUCGCCAAAUCCCGAAGUUCAGUGCUUCUGGCCGUGUGUCUUAGUAUUACCUCCUUGGCCAAAAACAACGACGAUUGAUUAUCCUCUUGUCACCGUAACAUCCGGUACCUGGAAAUCAACAAUUACUCACAAACCAUUAACAGUCAGUUCUUGGUACAUAUCAACUAUCGUUGUAAGCUCCAAAUCUUCUAAUGACGGCACCAAAAAGAGAACAUCCGUCGUCAUACCUGUAAUGACCAAAACCUGGCCUCCUAUCAUAUACACAGAUCCUAGCGGUGCCAAGCAUACGACUCGGCCUCCCGGACCAAUGCCUCCUCCUCCGCCAGCGGUGACCGGUCCCAUACCCCCAAUAUUGAUCGUAAACGGUACACCAAAGCCUACAACUCGUCCUUGGCCGGACCCAUGUUGUCCUCCUGGGCUCCCUGAAGAGCCCAACGAAGAAGAAGAAGAUCCAGAAGAUCCAAAUCCAGUCUGCAUCUUGCGACCCGACGAUCCAGAAACCGAAGAUCCAGACCCUGGAAAUCCAGCCCCAACACCUACAGCCCCAAACGAACCCGACCCGGCUCCUACUCCUACGACAAGCAUUGCACCUUUACCUCCAGCACCCACAGCGCAAAAUCCUAAUUUCAGCAAAGAUUUUGUCUCUUGUUAUGAUGCUGGACAGUCUGUAACCUCAGAAAGGUUAAGCGGUGUAGUUAGCAGUUUCUGUAAGGUGAACUUUUUCGAGGGAUACACUUUAGAGUAUACAAACAGCAUCAUGUCUUCGAGCUUCUCUUCCGGCUGGAAGGAGCCGAAUGGCGCUGGUGUGACUACUCUGGUUUCUCUUGAAAUCAAACCUGGGUGCCAGUGGCAGAUAACAGAAGACAGUUGCAACAGUGAAUUCAAGAAAAUUGUUGAUGGCUGCAAUAAAAGUGCAACUAAAGCAAGUCAGGGUGGAAUUAUGGAAAAUGAUUGUGUCAAGUAUCGCCUCGAUCCAGAUGCUAAUGCACCCCCUCCCCCACCAGCUCCCCCGCCUACAGACCCCCCAGCUCCACCUCCUAAACCUACGGGAGCGGUAUGCCUCUCUGUCGGAGCUUUUGACUUUCAGGACGGGAGUAAUUCAGCUUUUGAGGCCCUGUUAGAUAAAAGGGAUCUAUGCGGCGACAAAGGCCAAACUCUCGAUGCUGUAGACCCUUGCGUGGCAGCCCGUAACAGGGAGAAAAUCAAAAUGUGCGGCAAAGAAGUUUUUUUUCAGACGGUUGAUGGGGAGAAUUUUGAUAAGUUCGACUGUCGUAUGGCGCUCAACGUGGACGGCUCGGUGUAUGAUGCGACUUUACUUGAUCCGUACGCUAGUGAUAAUCCUUGUGGGAUUACGUGUACUAAGGGCGUAUAUUUUGGGUCGUAUACUGGACAUUUGCACUUUCCGAAUGUGCCGUUGUGCGAUUAG